AUGACACCAAAGCUGUUUUUGAGAGAUGGGUGCAAAGAAGUUUGGAAUUCCAGACCAGUAAAAUAUCCACCUACUGAAUGCCUGGUCAAAAUGCUCACGCUGGUACUUAAGAAAAACAACUUUACUUUUGAUGGAGAUCAUUAUUUGCAAGUAAAUGGAACUGUCAUGGGCACCAAAAUGGCUCCGUCAUAUGCCAACAUAUUUAUGGGCAAAUUAGAGAAACAACUCCUUGAAACUUCCAUCGAAAAACCGCUUUCCUGGUUUAGAUUUAUAGAUGAUGUGGAUAUGAAAUGGAACAAAAGCGACGAGGAUUUAGACACUUUUAUCACUCAUGCCAACAACAUUCAUCAUAGUAUCAAAUUUACUCAUGAGAAGUCUAAAUCCAAAAUCGCCUUUCUCGAUACUUCAAGUUCGCUCACAGAGGGCAUCAUAUCUACAGAUUUAUAUUCUAAGCCUACUGACACUCAUCAAUAUUUGUCCCCUAAAAGUUGCCAUCCUGCUCAUCUUACCAAGAGCAUUCCAUACAGUCAGGCACUUAGAGUCAAGCGAAUAUGCUCCAACACAGAAACAACUAAAAGACAACUGCGUAAACUUGAAACUCGCUUGAAGAAAAGGGGCUACAAACACAGAAAUGUCAAAAAGAGCUUUCAGAAAGCGGAGUCAAUUCCGAGGAGUGAACUAUUGGAAUACAAAGUUAAAAAGAAAAAUAAAAGGACUCCAUGUGUUCUUACUUAUCACCCAUCUCUCAAAAACAGCUUUGGUGUCAUUCGUGAGCAUUGGAAAUCAGUUGAAAAGAAUUCCAAACUGUCCAAGAUUUUCCCUGAGCCUCCAAUGAUAGCUUUUAGGCAACCUAGUAGUCUGCGGACCUACCUACUAGUGCGGGCUGAAGUGUCUGAUAAUAGAAGUACUCCUGGAGAAUGUCGUACGUGUGGAGAAAAACGCUGCAAAUGCUGUUUACAGAUGCAGCAUUCGUCAACAUUUCACAGUAAGGCAACCGAAAAUAACUAUAAGAUAUUUUGCAAUGUUACCUGCAAAAGUAUGAAUGUUAUUUACAUACUAGAAUGUUCGGUUUGUGGCCUCCAAUAUGUUGGUGAGUCAAAGCAGCCUUUCCACAAACGCCUCAAUGGCCAUAGGAGUGAUAUCUCGAAGAAGCCACUUCUUCCAGUCUCUCAGCACUUCAGACAGUCGGAUCACAAACUUGAUGACUUUAACCGCAUGAAAAUUCUAGUGAUUGAACAGAACAUUCACUGGAGUGAUACACAGCGACAGGUUCGGGAAAGCUUUUGGAUAAAGGAACUUAAUGUACAUCACCCAAACGGCAUCAAUAAGAAAUACUAA